AUGACAAAUUUGUAUUCAUUAACCAUAGGUGAAUGGAAUUCAUCAAUAGUUCAAGAAAUACCAUUUUACAUUAAAAAUAAAUUAAUUCGUCAACUCGAUCUUCAAAGUUCACACUAUCCAAGUCGAGAUCGAUGUUUUAACCAACAACAAUGUAUUGAAUUUCUUACAUCAACAUUUGACAGUCAAUGCCAAGUUUUAUCCAUUGUUCUCGAUCAUCGAAAACAUAUAUUUGAUUUAAUUGAACAUAUGCCCAAUUUGUGUACAUUGAAAGUCGAAUGUGAACUUGAUCAGUCGAAUAACGAUAGACCAAAUAUGAAUGAACUUGUUCAAUGGAUGGUAUCUCAUUUUUCACCUUUUUUUGUCGAAGAUAUAUCUCGAAGUGAAAUAAUUCGAUUGUGGAUUCGUUAA